AUGAUGACGAUGUAUGAAAACCAUAACUCGAUAGCAGCAGAAAGGAAGGCCACGUAUACCGGAGGACCAGUUCCCACGGAGUUCUAUUUGAGCCAAGAGUAUUAUUGUGGUAAAAACGUCUACAUAUUCUCGUCUGAACUGUACAGCGAUAUAUACAACGUAGGUAAAGGAAUAGCUCCCUAUUGCAAGGAUAGGUCAUUCGUAUUCCUAGGCUUCUUACACUACCAUGAUGAGCAAAAGUACUACCUCUUAGAUGACCCUAGCAUAUCAUUUCCAACAGACAACUAUAUGCAUGGAUUGGAGUGUCAUGUGGGUGUUUGCAUUUUUAGGUUUCCUUUCAAAAAGAUAUUGCAGCGCGAAAGGGACGUGUCUACUCUACCGAAGGCAAUCGUGAAAUGCGGCCUCGUUAUGUACAAACUACCGCCACUUUCAGCCGCAGCUUGUAUCAUAGCUUCCGGUUCCUUUAUUUUGGACUUCAACAUUCAGGGUCUGCGAUAUAGGCACUAUGAUUAUUUAUUGACAAUACCAAACGGUAACACAUAUUACACGAAAGAAGCCAACACUCCACUGGUGUGUGACCACCACGUUUGUGAAUGGAAUUAUACCAACCACUAUGGGGGUCCAUUCCUAAUACCUGGAGACCCCGGCACAGGAAUCGAUCCAGUCCCUCCUUACAUUGAACCUACGCCGAAACCCGAUGGCUUCGACGAAGAAAAUAUCACUGUACCAUAUAUUCUAGAAGGAUGUUUAUUUAUGUACCCGCCAAACUACGGGUCAAUAGCUGGCAAGAGUUAUCUAGACCCUGUGGAGUUGCAUGACGACAGAUUCACGUGCAAUGCUGCAGGGGGAGCCAAGGGUCUAUACUGGUAUCCCCAAUGGAUGGGAGCGAUGCCGCACCACCCAUACUCGCCGAUGGUGGACGAUAAAGGCGCCUUCGAAUCCCCUGGUCCCUUCUACCCGCACCAGAAUUACGAUAUGGAAGACGGUGAUACGGAUAGUUGA